GGGGAAAUCAAGAGGGCGAAAACUGCUCGUGGACACAAUGGAUUCGCGAACAGAAGAGUUUUGCGUUGAUUAAAACACCACGUCUUCGAUGAACACGGGAAACAAGAAGUGGAGGCAGAGGGCUAUGCCGUUUCUGCUUGUCUUUACUGCUGUUUGAUUAACCAUGAUGAAGACUGAACCCCCAUCUGCAGCCAGUGGCAGCACUACCACCACCCUCGUAGCACGAAGCGCAUCUCCGCACAGAAAUGCCUAUGAGGCUGGAAUUCAAUCUCUCAAGCCAGUUAAAGAUCCCAGUGCUGCAAAUGGAGAGGAUGCGAAACCUCGACCACAGGGCCGUGGCCGCAGGUACGGCUCUAAUGUGCACCGCAUCAAGAACAUGUUCAUGCAGAUGGGCUCUCCUGGGGACGAAGAUGAUCCGUUAAAGGCCAAUCCCCAAGACCAAACGGUGCGACUGUCUCUCCCCAGAGCAAGCAGUUUGAAUGAGAAUGUGGACCACAGUGCGCUUCUCAAACUCGGUUCGACUGUGUCAGAGCGGGUUAACCGCUUUGAUGUAAAGACUGAUGGUAGCACCUCCCGUGGGUCAAAUGCAGGUUUCUCUAAGCUUCAGGAAACACGAAGAAUAUUUGAACAACGCCAUCUCCAGGAGAAGCAGGCUGCAACAAACCGUAUACUUUUAAAGAAAGAGCGGGCGUCAGGAUUCCAAGAUAGCCGUCUGGAUGUUGUGGUUCGCUUUAAUGGCAGUACUGAGUCAUUGGACAGGCUGGAUACAGCAGACUAUCCUGCAGAAGCAGUCUCUCCUACGGUCAGCCAGCUGAGCGCUGUGUUUGAAAAAGCAGAACGUAACCACAUCCACCGACCGUCCUCAACUUCCCCACUGCCCUCUCAAUGUGUAAGCCCAACCCCGAGCAAAGUCGGGGGAAUAAACUCCAAAAUCAUCACCAAAAAGGUGCAAGCAUUCCCUACAACAGAGAAUCAAGAGGACGGAGCGCAGCCUAAAGACCAAAAGUCUGCACCUGGGAGUCCGAAGACAAAUAAAGCAUUUGAGGAUGCCACUGCUGGUACGGAUCUAGAUAAGUCCAGGUCAGAGGAGAUUCCGGACGCAAUAAAGGAAUCCAAACCUGGAGAGCAUGCAGCACCCACCGCGCCAGAUGCAGGGAGCAGACUGGUACAGGCUGAUGUCCAUGCUUCUCUGGAAAAUGGGGAGGCCACUAGGAGACAUGAGUCUUCAGAACAAAGGGAGGAAAUGGGACAGUCAGCUGGAGAGACCUGCAGCGAUGAGGACUUCCACAAAGAGGAUAUCUCUGAAGCAGACCUGGUGGACAUCAGCGCUUACAGUGGUAUCGGAGAGGACUCUGGUGGUAGUCAGCUAGAUGAGGAUGAGGAGGCGGAAGAUGAUGAGGCUUAUGAACCAGAAUCCAGCUGUUCAGAAAUCCCUGGACUGCCAGUAGAAGAAGAACCACCCCCUAGCAGGAAGAUUCGUUUCAGUGCAAACCCUAUCAAGGUUUUCACUACAUACUCAAAUGAGGACUACGACAGACGCAAUGAUGAGGUUGACCCAAUGGCGGCCUCGGCCGAGUAUGAACUGGAGAAGAGGGUGGAGAGACUGGAUCUAUUCCCCGUCGAGCUGGAAAAAGAUAAGGACGGAUUGGGAAUCAGCAUCAUCGGAAUGGGUGCAGGUGCAGAUAUGGGCCUGGAAAAACUCGGAAUCUUCGUCAAGACUGUCACCGAGGGAGGAGCCGCCCAUCGAGAUGGAAGGAUCCAGGUAAAUGACCUGAUAGUAGAGGUGGAUGGAACCAGCCUGGUGGGCGUGACACAGAAUUUUGCAGCAUCAGUCCUGAGGAAUACCAGUGGAACUGUCAAGUUUGUAAUUGGCCGGGAGAAGCCGGGAGAGCAGAGUGAGGUGGCCCAGCUGAUCCAGCAGACUCUGGAGCAGGAGAGAUGGCAGAAAGAAAUGAUGGAGCAACGCUACAACCCCUACAUGGAGGAGGACGAAGAGACAGGUGAGUAUGCCACAGAUGAGGAAGACGAGAUGAGCCCCAUGUUUCCCAAUGCCAUCGAGGUGUUUGACCUGGCAGAGAAUGAGGACAUGCUCUCUCCUGUGGAGAUGGACCCAGAGAAACUUGCACACAAGUUUAAGGAGCUCCAGAUAAAACAUGCUGUGACUCAAGCUGAGAUUCAGCAGCUCAAGAGAAAGCUGGCUCACUCUGAGCAGGAUAAGCUGCGCUGGAGGAUGGAGAGGGCUCAGUUGGAGCAGACGGUGAGGGAGAAUAAGGAGCGGAUGGAGAAGUUGGAGGGGUAUUGGAUGGAGGCUCAGAGCUUGUGCCAGGCAGUGGACGAACACCUGAAGGAGACGCAGACGCAGUACCAGGCACUGGAGCGUAAAUACAGCAAAGCCAAACGCCUCAUCAAAGAGUACCAGCAGAAAGAGAUUGAGUAUUUAAAGAAGGAAACUGCCCAGCGCAGAGCACAAGAGGAAUCAGAGGCCAGUCACAAGGUGGAGACCGAAAAUCUCCAGGAGAAGAUCACUGAUUUAGAAUCAAAGGUAGGCACUCUGAAGAACCUGGAGCCUUCGUAAGCCUCAUGCUUCGAAAAAGAUGGAGAGAAUGAAACGCCUUCAACCCCGCUCACUCUACCCUCCGACCACAUUUUCCCUCCAUGGCCUGAAACAUUAUGAGGGGAUGUUACCAGGGACAAAGAGGAAACAAACUAACACUGUACCAGAUGCCUGAGGGACGUCUACCUAUCAGCCCAACAGGAGACCAUUUUUAUACAUCCAUUUAGUCAUGUUUUCCUUGUCUCUUUUUAAGCGCCCUUACAAGUAUUAUGAGCCUCUCUGCACUCGGCAGGAAUGUUGAAUGGUAAAUGAACACGAACUCAAACUAGAAUGCUUGCAGCAGAAAACAAAACAGCGUACUUCCGGUUUUAUCUCAAAGUCUUAAUCGGUGGAGUAUUGGAGUGAGGGGGGGUCUGUAUAGCAGUGAUUGACAAGAGGACUGUUUGUAUAUAUUCUUGCAUAUAUUUAAAUAUUAAAAAACGCUUUAGCAAUGUGCUGGGGGGAGGAGAGGGGGGUAAGGCUGUACCUUUUCACAUAUAUAGGCUAAUAAUACAGUGAAAAUGAUCCAUUUCCAUUUUUUGCAUGGCAAAAAAGAUGGUAUCAGGUAUUUUAUUUUUCAUUUUAAAACAACAUUGGCAAACAGGGUGUGAAAAGUGUAAACUUGACAUUUAGAGUUAGCAUUCAGGGGCUUGUAACUUCCCAUGUUUGCUUUCUGUAAAAAAGACACGUUUAUGGAAUUAAUGGGGACUUGAGAGUAAUGGUUUCUUCACUGAGAAAACAUCACUCUUAAACUCCACUGCUUGAGGUUAUUGGGUGCAACGCUCAUGUACACUGCACAGUGUGCCUCAGUCUCACCUGUGUUCUCUGUGGCGUUACAGUUAUGAGACAAAACAUACAUUCAGAGUAAGAAUUCUGCACCAAUCAUAAAUAUGGUCUUGUUUUAUUGCUCCCCAAAUCCUACCGUCAACCGUCUCUACUAACACAGUCUUUUUGUGUGUUUACCCAGAGAUGUAUUGGUCUCCGGAGACCGCGGUAAGUGCAUUCAGAUCCUGGAGAAUCCUAAUGUUUUAUGCCCAUUGGCAGUCAUCCUCCUCUGUCCUGCUAGAUAGGGAUUUAUUCAGUAUUAUCAUUUUUGUCUUCAACGUUGUUUAAAUUUUAUUUUUAAGUCAAACUCCUGAGAAAACUGGAAUUCUGACAGCUAUUGAUGGAAAGUUUGAGGAGAGAAUGAACUAAAAGUAAAAGCACUGUUUAUUUGCAUGUGCUGGUUUAGCGCUCGAUUCACUAGCAGAGGAAUUAUGCAGAUCAGGCUAGGGCUGGGUAUGGAUACAGAUUUCCUGAUUUGAUCCGGAUUCACAAGCUCUCGAUAAGAUUCGAUUCCAAUUCGACAUAGAUUCAUAAGGGUAUAUUUCAGUUAUAAUGACCCUUUUGCUUACAUAUGAAAUAAAUUUUCUCCCAGCUAAUACUUUUAAGUAUACAAGGGACCUUCUGACUAGGUAUAUUCUGAAAAUAUAAAUGUAUUAAUUAUAUUUUAUUAGUUUUUCAUUAUUUCAUUAUUAGCUUUUAAAAAUGAACAAAUCCAUGUAGUCAAUCAAUCAGUCAAUAUGAUAAUGCAUUGCAUAUUAUUUUUGUUACAUGUUUAUUGUUUAAUAACAUAAUUUGUCAUAUUAACAGGUAUUUACAUUGAUUUGUUGAACACUUAGAAACAAGUACUGUCUCUUUAAGACCACAUUUCUGUGACCAGCAUCUGUAAAUGAGCAUAUGUUAACUAGUGGUGGUGAAUUUUGAUUCAUUUUAUUUACUCGAUUCUUUUGAUUCUGUUCACCAAAAAAGAUUAAUUCAGAUGUGUUCCUUGACCAGAUCUUCGUUACAUCUUUGCUCAUGCAGAUGGUGCAAAAUGACCAUCUUUUAAGUAAUUUUAUUGAACCGAAAGCAGUCAACAAAUCUAAUUAUCCUUUAUUAAAAUUUGUCACUGAAGGGUGUCAAUGCAUAAUAAGCUUUUCCCCACAAAUGACAACAAAACAUAUCUAUCAUAUUGUGAACUGUUGAGCACGACUUUUUAUCAAGCUAGACAAAAAAUAAUAUUUCCCUAAAAAUAAUAAUGAGUUUCAAUAACGGCCGUAUGUCAUUGUAAUGUGUGGUCAUCACUCACUCCCCUGUUCUUGUUGAACGAGAUUGACAAAAAAAGAAAAAUAAUGUAGCUCCUCCCCUCAUUCAUCCAGUCAGCAUUCAUGUAUGUUGAUCGCAAACGAGUUUACCAGUACUUUUAGUCCGUUCAUGUUACAAAUGAAAUGACCGACUAGAUAAAUGGAAUUUGCAUGUCUACAAAUGUGCGAAGACAGUUCAAAAAACAUUUAAAAACCAUAACCAUUUUCAUCACAAAGGUCUUAUUUUCCCUGUAUUUUGCAAAUGCUGGGCUUAAUUAUUACCAAGACAAAGAUAGGAAAAAAAAGUUUAUGUCAUUUUUACACAUUCAUAAAUUGGGGAUCAUUUUUGGAGAAUACCUAUAAACUUGUUUUAAGUGCAUUUCACCCCUGUCUCUUCUUGUUUAAUGCGAUUGACUCACAUGCCGAACUGAACGAACAACAUGCCUCCUCUCAUUCAGUCGUUCAGUAGAUCUUCAUUCGCGGGUCAUUCGCGAAUGGGUUUACUAGUAUAUUCAGUUUGUUCACGAGUACCUCUCAUCUCAUUCAGACUCAAAUGAUCGACUAGUUUUGAGAAGGGGUAUAUUCGUUCAGCGGGUCAAACCAAUUAUAUUAUCCUUCACAGGGUGCACUGGAAUGCUAUUGGCUGGUGCUAUCGUUAGUCUUUACAGGCAUGAAAAGCAGCAGAAUCCAUUAGCUUCGAAAGGGAAAGACGUCAGUGAGCAUGUUUACAUACACACCAAUUCUCUGAUAACUCCCAAAAAACAGCUUAUUGGAAAAAAAAUGUAAUGCAAAAAAACUUGUUUACGUUCGUUUUUUAAUUAUCACGUUAUUCUCUGUUUUUGACGUCAAACAUUGAGGAGACAUACGCUCAACAUGUGCAAACAUUGGAUAAGCCGUUACUGAUAAGCUAUUGUUAACGAGAGAGACUGGAAUGACUCAAACUCAUCUGUCCUACGUGUGAUUAGAAUGAAAUGUUUAUGUUGUUGUUUUUGAUCAACAACUGACUGUAGAGAACAGAAAGGUUAUUAAAAGAGACAUUAUUCAAUGACAAAUGGGUCACGUGGAUCUCGUCUUUGGACACAAACAACUUUAACUCCACUGCUGGAAACUCCACCAUUUUACUGCACAAUCACUAGUAAGUGAAAUGUAAAUUUAUCAGCUAGUUUCCAAUAUACAUUUUAGUCACUAGCAUGAAAUUUAAUUUCAAAUGUGAGUCAUUUCCUCACAUUAUAGUAGAGGGUUGCGCAUAAAGGAUCGAUCUUGGGAUUUAAGAAUCUAUAUCAUUCAAACGAAGAUCGCGAUGUAUCUGAAAAUCUAUAUUUUUACCCACCCCUAGCAAUUGCGCCCACAAAAUCUGUGCUAAACGCAAUUUGCGCAGCACAAUUCCUAUCUUGUCGGUCAGUUCUGAGCCCUACCUGGGUAUAUGCCAGGUUAUAAUGCUUUUCUCUAUCAUUUGAUUAAUUACUACUGCUUUGAUCAGUAGAAAAUGUACACAAACAUCUCUUUUAAAUAAAAUUCAGUUUACCGCCCGCUUACCUCCAGCGGUAAUAGCGCAAAUGUAAUUAAAAUAGAAAGAAGGCAAGUUUAUGCAGAAAGGAAUGACAAUAACUUAAUUUAAAUACUCAAGACUCAGCACUAUUUCUGCACUGGUUGCACCUGCUAAAACUGGAUUGUGAACCACCAAAAGUGGCACAACCGUUUAGGGAAUUUGGCCCUGAAACUUUGAGGGUAUACGUCACCUUAGUUGUUGUGUCAGGACCAGCUUCAAACCCCAGAACUUGUCUCAACUUGGCAUGAUACCUCAACCAAUUUAGAGAUAUUCUGCAACAAUUAUGCAAAAAGGUUUCACAAACAAUUUACACAAAUUAGUUUUUCUUGUUUCAUGAAUGAGGCUCAUUGAUUUGAGUCCAGAUAAACAUUCCACAAUUAUUGACUAUUUACCUGAAAAGGUUUUAGAAUUAAUUCUCGAGAGAGUAUUUCUUUAGCUUGAUCUGAGUAUUUCUUUAGCUUCUCCUCCAUGUUGGUCCUCUUACAGUAUGUAAAUCAAAGAACAUCAAUAUUUAGUUUGAAGUCCCAUCAAUUUUGUUUCAAAAGUUUCAAGACUGUGUUUUUCAAAUGGAAAUAAUCUGAAUUAUGGUGCAGUGUUGAAAACCCUUGUGAUUAUCAGGGUUUCUUCCCUUUUCUUUCCUGAAAGUGUUUUAUUGUUGUCGUAGAGAUCAGCUUAGUUUUUGGCUGCUCUCAAGAUUGUACAUUUUCCUCAUGAAAGUAUUUGUUUUCUACAGAUUUCUUUUAAUAGUACAAGUCAUCACGUAUUAUACAUGUUUUGAAAGUGUUGAACGCUGAUACCUGCAUCCCGGCAACAGGAUAAUGUUUUAACAAUAGAAAGUACAACAUAGAUUCAAAGACUCUUAAAUAUGGUAUUCUGAAGGCAAGCCCGACUUCUUUUGAACAUUGAUCAUCCUAAAUUGUAAUUAGCCCGAGUAUGUUUGUCUCAGUUUUGUCUUCAUAGUUUCCUUAGAGAAUUUUUCAAGCAAGACAGUACAAGUGCUGACUGGAAAAUAUAUUGUCUUUUUCUCUUUUUUUUUUUCAACUAACAAUGGGACUAUCAUCUCAGUUUUGAAGAUGAUUAUGGCUCUGAAAGCCAUUUUAAAGCCAACAACAACCAUUUUCUGAAAAAUGCCUCCAUUUUAAGGAUAUUGGAUCCUUCAACAAUGAUUGAUGCCAUAGUAAAUGUACAGUGAUCUAAAAAAAAAAAAUGGACCCAUUUUGAGGGCUUUCUUCAUUCUGGACAGUCGCACAACCAUCAUCUUCUGGGAACUUCACUGUCUCAUUUGCUUUGUACAAUUCUGAGUGUCUGUUUGCUGGAAUUUAUUCAUUGUUUUAGCGUGCUGGCUAGUACACAACGACUUUGUGUAUGGAUGUCCAGAUGAUGGCACCGUUAAAACAUGAAAACAUUUAAUUUCUUAUCCCUGUGCGUCACACUGUAGAAACAAGAAAGUUAUGGUGGAAACAUAUACAGAUGGAACACUUUGAAUCUUAUCAAUGCUUUUUAAAUUUCACACGUUUAGCUUAGCUUAGAUGCUACCUUUAAUUAAACGAAUUUGCUUCCAUGUACAGGAAAGGACUCAGUGUUGCUGUUCUCACUUGCUGGUGUAAUAGUUGGUUCCUCUUUAUAUUUGGUGUCUAAUAGAAUAACAAUAGUUUGAAGUUGUUACAUUGUGCUGGCGUUAAACAAGCAGCAGCUUGCUUAGCUAUAUUGGAGAGGGGGGAACAAUUUACAAGUCAACAACAUGUAAUUUCAUUAAAAUUGAGUAAUUGCUGUGCAUUUGAUUGAAUUAUGAGCACAUUUGUUUGACACCUAACAUAAAGCUGGAAUGCCACAAACUGUAUUUUAUAGUUGCUUUACAAACACUUGACUCCAUUUCCUCUGUACUGACUUUAGUUCCUUUUUUAGCCCUGCUAUGUAAAUUGCUACAACAUGAACCUGAAGGUGUUCUCCAUUUGAAAUAAGCAUCAUGAUGUUGAAUACCCAAAUAUAGCACACAUACAUCAUCCAGAUGUCUAUUUGACAUGUGUGUUUAUAUAACUGGAUGACAUUUUUUUUGUUUUAAGGUUGUUUGCGCUGCAAUAUGACUAUAAGACUUCAAGUAUGCCUCAGAUGUCAAUAAGACAUUCAGCAGAUGUCUUUGGGAUGUUUAUGAUUUAGAAUGUUUGUUAAUCAGAUCUUUUUAAGAUGUUUAGCAGAUGUUAAUCAGAAUGUGAUGCUUUCCAGAUGAAAAGAUCUAUAAACAGACAUCUGAGAGAUGUAUGCGUGCUAUCUGGGUAAUACUGUCAUUAAUAAUAAAUGCAGAAAUAUGCUAAUCCUUUGGAAUUUUGAAUUGUUUUGGAAAGUGUGAUAUUUUGAUAUUAUUUUAACGCUUAGCUCUUUAGCCUUCAAGCUGCUUCACAUUUUGUAUUAUGACACAUCUACUCUUUGGCAUUGUAAUCUUUUAAACAUGUCAUUUAAUUUGAUAUAUACUGUAAUAGAUAUUUGUUUCGUGUAUGUGUCAAACACUGUAGAUUUUUUGCUCGGCUUAUUUCGUGCGUGACUUCAGCAGCGUGUGAACAGGGACUGGGAACGGCAUGAAUUUCAGAAGGCACUUUUUACUUCAUGACAAAUAUCAAUGACUUUAAAACGGUUAUAAAAAUACAAUAUGAGUAAUAUAACAUUAAAUUGGAGGUUACCUAAAAGUCAAAUAAAAAAAAUACUAUAAAUCUCCACUUUUACUUUCAAAAUGUGAAAGAAUCUGAAAGUGGAGAUUUAAAAUAAAAAAGGACUUAAAUACUGAUCUGUUUCUCACCCACACCUAUCAUGUCGCUUCUGACGAUAUACAUUUAACCACUAUGGAUUACUUCUAUGCUACCUUUUUGUGAUUGUUGAUGCUUCAAAGGUCUGGCAAGCAUGCACUUGCAUUGUAUGGACCUACAGAGCUGAAAUAUUCUUCUAAAUAUCUUUGUUUGUGUUCAGCAGAGGAAAAAAAUAAUACACAUCUGGGAUGGCAUUAGGGUGAGUAAACUAUUAAACGAGAAUUAAACGUUUUGGGUGAAGUAUCCCUUUAAAGAUAAGUAACAAGAACUGAUGAAACGCUGUUGGUCUCACCAUGUAGUUUUUCCACGACGAACAAGGGGUUGUGGGCAAUAUUAGCCAAAAAAGCAUACAUGGAUCCACACGAAAAUUUACCUAAAAUAAAAAAGACCUUAUUCACGGUAACGCCAUCUUUGUUUUUUGUUUUUUAUUGGGAAUGAAAACGAGGCUGUAAGGGAUAGACUUACAAUCUCUUAAAUGGCACGGUAUACAGCUGUAUAAACCUCCUAGAUCACAUCUGAUUUCCUCAACUCAUGUUGUCUUGAGUUUCUUUAUUUAUUUUUGUCUACUGAAUGUUCAUGGAAAUAUGUUUAUUCAAUGUUUUGUCGGUGGAACGAUCCAAAAACACACUUAAGAUUUAAGUCUAUUCCUCACAGCCACGCAUGUCGUUCUCGUCAAAAAUCAAAGAUGGCGCUGCUGUCUUUUUUGUUUAACAUACUGAUUUGAGACACACUAAAUCUCAUCUCGCA